AUGGAAUGCAAAGCUGUUAUGCCGUUAGUCACAGUAUAUAUUCGAAGUACUGUUACACCUGUUACACGUAGCCUACUUUACAGAAAUGAUCCUCUCGAUGCUUUUGAACAGGAAAAAGGGCUACCUCAAUUCAUACCUCGUGACCUUAUUGAGAAUCACAUGUUUGUUAUUGAAUGCGCAGCAGGAGAGCCAGAUGCACGACAAUUCAAGAUGACUAGAGGACAAAUCCUUGUUGCUGUACCUAAUUUCAUGCAUCCACCGUUUGAAUAUGGCGAUUAUGUCAUAAGUGUUAAUGAUGAAGUAUUAGAAGACAAAAUUCAUUUCUAUCAAAUAGUGAAAGAAAUUGCUGGGAAAAAGAAAACUCAAAUAGUAAGGGCAUAUACAAUUUAGGA